GAGGUCUUUAUUCUCAAUUUCGGGUUCUAACCAUACGCCCCAUCCCGUUCGCGCCUCAGAAUUCAUUCUGAAUGCAUAACGCCAAUGACGGCAAGGUUUCUCACAUGUUAUGGAACCGGCGCCAUCUACUUACUCUGUGUAGGAGAAGCACAGCUUCCUUUACCUAGAUACUUCUGCCAGCGGCGAAGCAUGGUGACCCCAUUACAUGCGGACAACCUUUUCCGGCGCCUAUCGGGGCAGUGAAAUCUGUGAUUCCUUAUACGCAUACUGAAUCAGCGCGCCUUGAAGUGUAUACCGACACACAUGCCUCGAGACGAAAAGCGCGCGCGGGUAAGGGGGCGAAGAAGAAGCCAUGGGCCGCAGGAGAAAGCUGGCCGACCUGUCGCCGCAGCCUGUGUACUGGGACCCCCGGUACCAGCGCUUCUUCUACGCGGGCUUGCUGCCCCCGUUGCCGCAGGAGACCCCGGUGGCCCCGAGAGUGGAGCUGGAUCCGAUGAAGCGCACCCGCCGACCCUCGAUCCUCGUCACCGGAGGCGACCAGACGCCAGGGCGCGAGGAGCGGCGAGAACGCCACAUCUCGUGGAGUUCCCUGGACGACGACGACGAAGGAGCGGCCGAGGACGACCCGCGAGGCGUAGCUCCUGCGUGGCGCCCCGUCGCUGGCGCCAUGAGCCUGCUCGUGGUCAUCUCGCUGAUGUCGCUGCUGGCUGUCGCUGCCACGCUGUGGGCCACGGGCUCACUCGAGUACGCAGGGCGCGGUGCGCAAACCGCCGGGCAGGACGUCACCGCGACGACGCCGAUGUUCGGAACAACCGCUCCAGGGUCAGCCGCAGAGUCAUCCGUCCGGGAUCGCGCAGACUUCGAGACCGGCGCUCGGGCGCCCGCUGGAAAAGCAGGAAAACCAGCCAGAAACGCUGGCGCGCCCACGACGACGCUGACCGGCGACGGAGAAGCGUACACAGACACGAAGGCCGGCACGACGCGAAGUCGCGAACGGCGGUGGACCCAUCGGCGCAGCUCUCGUAGAGAAACGCUUAGGACGACUCGAGUGGCGACAGAAAGUGUCAAGCGGAGACGCCCGCCUCGCGACAAGCAAAGCGACCGCGUUGCGUCGCCCUCAUCCACGACGCCUUACCACGAUUUACGACGACGGCGGCGACGACCAGACGUAAUUUCAUCGAACACACGACCUCACAAGAGAAAGGGCUGACUCGUUUAGCAGGUCUGCUAAUGAGUCUGCGCUUAAAUAAAUCAACCUGUAUCCGCGUCGGGUCUGCGUAUUCGGUGCACGAAACAACCGUGUUUCAUCUGCACCAUAAUCGCCACCCGUUGUAUACGCAUGUUAUUUUUUUUUUCGAAGCGUCCUCGCUACCUUUCGGGGACCCGGAGCAGUUUGCCAGCCGUAAGCAUACAAAAUAAAAUGCCUUGUCACAACAAAACGACAUUUAAUCAAUAAGCUUUGAAAUAGUUACACACGGAACAACUUUGAAUAUGGAAUAAACGCAAAGGCAGGCAACUUUAUUCCUUAGCGCGGCACAUUGACAGGUUAUCUUCAUAUUGUACGCCACGUGGCUUUAGUCGUUACAGUUGGGAAAUGUUUCACAAAAGCGUCAACGCUUUUGUGAAGAAGCGCGAACGCCUAACAAUGCAUUGCUCUGAAUCGUGUCGGCUGCGUAACGCAUUUGAGCUAUAUGCUCUAAUGUUCUAAUGUGUUCUUUCUUUCUUUCUUUCUUUCUCUCUUUCUUUCCUUCUUUCUUUCUUUCUUUCUUGGCAUGUGGAAAUUUCUUUGAAGUAAUGCAUGCAGUUCCCGGAACUUAUACCUCUAAUUAAGCGUGCCAUAGCCACGUAUACGAGUUCACUUUUAAUUCAGUGGUGUCCGCACUUGCACUGGUAGUUUCCUAUAUGUUUAAAAUCUUCGUAUACCUUUGAGGCAGUUGCCAUUCUCGGCAGUGAUGUCGGUUAUUUGUGAAUGUAUGGCCACACUGGUGAGGCGUACCGCUUUUUCGAGUGUGGCUCCUCUUACUCAGACACCACCAGGACACGAUACGCCCAUAUUUAUCUUAUGUUUAAAGCAACUUGGGUACUUUCUUACUGCGAUUAACGUUAUUUUCCUACUUCGAGCGUCUGGAGGUUAUCCUUUGAGCUUGAGCCGUGUCAUCUGUAAUGUUAAAUAGAGGGUAUGGUAUGGUACGGUAAAACUUUAUUCUGGUCCUUCGGAACGUGCGUCAGCACGUAGCAGGCCGCUCUCACGUCAGUACAGAAAGGCCGAGC